UUUCCUUAUUCUAAAGCUUAAAACACAAAUAGAGGAGAGAGAGAGAGAGGGAGACGGAGGAGGAAGACCCAUCCGUGAGUACCGCCACUGUUGACGUCCUCUAGCUUCAGCUAAGCAACGAACGAGAUCUUGCACUUCUCCCUCCUGCCAGAGUUCUCACACUCCUCUCUCCCAUCGUUCAGAGCUAAUCCACAGUUUCAAGCCAUAUCUUCAGAUUCAAUCAAAGAAAUUGAUUUUUCUUCUACAGAGGGUCUUUGGAAGAUGGAUUUCUGAGUUUUGAUACGGGAAAUAAUGGAUUUUGUGACAACAAUAUAGUUUACCAAAUACAUAGGAUUAACAAGAUCAAGGUGUGAGGCUGUUGGGAAGAAUUUGUUGCUGGUUGCUGUUGCUUGGGAAGAAUUUGCUGCUCGUUGUUGAUUAUUUUGUGCUGCCACCUGCUUCUUCUUUGUGCUUCUGUUAUUGUCGAAUCUAGACCAAAAUGGGUAUGAAGCUAUUCGAGGGCAGCAAUGGUUCGGACGAAGAUAUAUCGAAGAUUGAAGUCAACAAAGAGUUCGCUCGUCGCUAUGAGCACAACAAGAAGCGAGAGGACCUGCAGAAGCUCGAGGAGUUGAAGAAGAAAGGCCUCGUUGAAGACUCCUCAGAUAACAAGUCUGGUGACGAGGCAUCUUCUGAUGAAUCAGACGAAGAUGAGUUAAUUAAUCCGAAGAAAGAUUUGGAGUUCUUAAAUGCGUUGAUUAAGGUUAAGAACCACGACCCAAAACUGAAAAACAAAGAGGCUAAGCUAUUCGAGUCCGAAAAUGAAGAAGAAGAAGAGCACGGGAAACGAGAGGAAGGACAACGAGAUAAGAAGGGGAAGCCAAUGUAUUUGAAGGAUGUGGCAGCGAGGCACUUGAUUGAGGAGGGGCCAGAAUUUGAAGAGAAAGUAGACAAGUUGAGAGUGAAGAGCUAUUUGGAGGAGCAAGAGGAGUUCAGGAGGGCUUUCUUGGAGGUGGCCGAGGAGGCUUUGGAUGGUGAUGAUGAUGGAGAAUUGUUGAGGUUGAAAGCGAGUAAAAGUAUGGGGGAUGAGGAUGAUAGUGAUGCUGGUGAGGUUCAGAAGAAAUUGGAUGAGUAUUUUGGCAAAGAUGACCAUUUGAAUGAGAAUGAAAUGUUUUUGAAGAAGUUUUUUAGGAACAAGAUGUGGGUUGAUGAGGGUAAGGGCAAGAAGGCAUUGGAUGAUGUGGUUUCAGAUUUUUCAGAGGAUGAGGAGGAGAUUGAGAAGCAAGAGGAUUAUGAAAGGGAGUAUAAUUUUAGGUUUGAGGAGAAUGCGGGGGAUAGGGUGUUGGGUCAUUCACGGUUUGUAGAGGGAUCAGUGAGGAAGAAAACUAAUGCUCGGAAGUUGUAGAGGAAGAGCAAGGAGGAGAGGAUGGCACAAGCUGAAUUCGAAAGGAAGGAGGAAUUGAAGCAUUUGAAGAAUUUGAAGAAGAAAGAAAUGAGGGAGAAACUUAGGAAGAUAAGGGAUACUGCGGGGAUUGAUGAAAAUUGGGUUUGCCCAUUGGAUGAAGAUGAUCUGGAAGAGGAAUUUGAUCCCAAGGAGCAUGAUAGAAAGAUGAAAGAAGCAUUUAAUGAUGAUUACUAUGAUGCGGAUGAUGCAGACCCUGAGUUUGGGAGUGAUAGGGAUGAAGAUGG